AUGCCUCGCUCUAGGCCUGACGGCAGGUGCAAGAAGCACCCAAAACACAAGCAGUCUCCUGGCGUUUGCUCCAUUUGUUUGAGUGAAAAGCUCUUUCAGCUUUCAAAUUCCUGCAGCUCACGUACUACCUCUUCUUCUACUGCAAUGGAUUCCGUUUCUUCUUCUUCUUCAUUAUCUUCGUAUUCCUCUUCUUCUUGUUCUUCUUCUUCUUCGUCUCCAGUGCAUCGUUAUCGAUAUGGAGUGCAAGGGAAGGGAUCUUUAUCUUUCUUGUUAAGUGGCAAGAAUGUGCUCACUAAGAGUAGAUCGUUGGUUUUUGUUCCAAGAACCAGAGGCAAUAAAGACAGGGCCAGUGAUGAUAAUAAUAAGAAGAAGAAAGGUGGGUUUUUGUCCAAGUUGCUACGUCCAAAAAAUAAGAGGAUAGAAGAAGGUUUAGUGCACUCUAGGACCAUGAGAGGAUGA